UCCAUCAGACUACCAUGUUGCAGCACCCAAGCCAAAGCCUGUAUUUGGUGUCUCCCUUCAAAAACUGAGGGACACGGGAAAGAUGCGGCAGGGCGUUCCUGUGGUGCUCAUGCAGAUGCUGGAGUUUUUGGAACAAUAUGGUCUCCAUCAGAGUGAAUUGUUCCGUGCCAGUGGAUCAGAUGCACGGCGCAAUGCGUUGAGGGACAGUCUGGAUCGUGGUGAGUUUCAGGCUUUUCGCAGCGAUGAUGUCCAUGCCGUGGCCUCUCUGGUGAUUCUCUUCCUGAGAGAACUGCCACAUGGACUCAUCCCAGACAGGGACGCCAAACGGCUGUUGAGAGUCUAUACAAAAACCAAAGGGAAGGUUUUGAACCUCAAGCAUGCAAAGAAAGUCCUGGACAGUUAUGCUCCUGAGACCUUCAACAUCCUGUCCCUGCUCAUCCACUUCCUGUCCCGCGUCGCUGCCCAAUGUCAUGUCAACCACAUGUCAUCGGAGGACUUGUCAGAAGUUUUUGGACCCUGCAUCUUUCAUGUUCCUGACAGCCGCAUCAAGCUAGUAGAACAGGAGCUGUGUAAUUAUCUUACACAGCACCUAAUAGACAGUGCCACGUUCCUGCUUCCGAACAUGUACCCUCCCAAACCCCACUGUGACGCACUCUCCACAGGGGACUGCGCUCCACCACCAUCUUCUGCUUCUAGCAGGUCAACGGUACCGUCCAGUCUGAGUGUGAGCGGAGCAAAAAGGACAAAUUCAUCUGUCUCAUACAUCAGGUCAAAGGGCUGUUGCAGAAGAAAAUGUGUAGGACCGUACUGCAAAUAAACAAAUAAAAAUUGUAUCAAAAUUAUUACAUUUUUUGUUUU